CUCUCUCUCUCUCUCUCUCUCUCUCUCUCUCUCUCGUGAACUCUGUCACGCUUUCUCUCUCUAAAAUCUUUCUUACUCGUAAAACAAAUUGCGAAAAUUUUCGUCUUCCGAUUACAGAAAUUUUGGCAUUCUGGUUUUCUUAUUCCGAUCACAUGGAAAGUCGCAUUCCUUUUGUUUUGGUUUCUCUGAAUUUAGAGAGAGAGUAGGAACAGAUCUCUCUAUGUUCUUUCGUGUCUCUACGAAACAUCUUUCUUUUUUCUUCUUCUUCCAUCGAUAGUUUUACACAAUUUUCUUCCUUUCGUUGUUUGCUACGACUUGUAUGCAAUUUGCGAUAGUGGGUCAAGCGCGACGGAGGAAUUUUCUCAGGUUUUCUCGGUGGUGGUCGCUCGAGUCUGGGAAAUACCGAAAUUGAGGUGCGAUUAGGGUUUGUGGGCGAUUCGCGAAUCUGAGAGGGGUUUUAGUUGCUGUUUCUGGAUUGGAACAGUGGAAACUGUGAUGUUUUGAUUGGCACCUAAUCGUCUGAACGAAAAUGAUUAUCAAACGGAAACUGAAAACCCGAAUACCGAGUUUGAAACGGUGCAAACUCGGCAGCUCGGCGAGUGAAGACUACGGCGGCGGCGAAGACACGGCGGUGACUCGGAAGAAGAGAAAGUUAAACUCCGGCGGUUACUACCCUCUCAACAUUCUCGGAGAGAUCGCCGCCGGGAUCGUUCCGGUGAGCCUCGAUGAGAGCAUUCGAGGUUCCAGGGAGAAGAAGUUCUAUGCUUCGUGGUGCACUGAAGUUUCGUGCUCUCCCGGCGAGAUCGAAUCAAAGCCCAAUGGAAGACCGGAUUCCGGCCGUGGGAGGGAUCUGACAGCUGAGGCUUCGCGUCCUCCGGUUGUUCGGACAUCGAGGGGACGAGUUCAGGUACUUCCUUCUCGGUUCAACGACUCUGUUAUGGAGAAUUGGAGGAAAGAAAGCAAACCUAGUAAUGUUCAGGAUCAUGAGGAGGAAACAGAAUGCAGGAAGGAUGAAUUUAGUUUUGGGGUUCCGAAAGCAAGUAACCAUGCUUUGAAAAGCAAGCCCCGCAAAGGAAAAUCCGGUCCUCGGAAUCUUAAGUACAGUGAAUUGUGUGAAGAAGAGGAAGAUGAUGAAUAUGAACGGGGUAUUGGAUAUAACAAUUCUUGCAUGAGGAAGUAUAUACGUUCACGUGGCAUGCUCUCUUCCCUUAACGAGCAACAGUUCAUUGAAGAUGAGCAAUGCCCUCCUGUCGAGAGAUUGCAGGAAGAUGAGAAUCAUGUGAAGGAAGAUGGGAUUUAUGGGCCAGAGAACUUCUAUUCAGGGGACUUGGUUUGGGCUAAAUCGGGGGAAAAUGAGCCAUUUUGGCCUGCCAUUGUUAUUGAUCCAAUGACUCAGGCUCCCGAGCUUGUUUUGCGUGCUUGUAUACCGGAUGCAGCCUGUGUAAUGUUCUUUGGUCACUCAGGGAACGAGAACGAAAGGGAUUAUGCAUGGGUGAUAAGGGGUAUGAUCUUCCCCUUCGUGGAUUACGUUGACAGGUUCCAAGAACAGUCUGAACUGCAUGGAUGCAACCCUGGGGAUUUUCAGAUGGCCCUGGAAGAAGCGUUUUUGGCAGAACAAGGAUUCACAGAAAAGUUGAUGCAAGAUAUUAACAUGGCUUCCGGUAACCCGAAUUUCGACGAUUCUAACCAAGAGCUCAAUUUCCACACUUCUAACAAGGACAUAUUCAAGAAAUACAGGGAUCCAAGAACCUGUGAAGGAUGUGGAAUGAUCCUUUCUUUUAAGAUUGCAAAAAAAAUGAAAGCUCUGAUUCCUGGAGAUCGGUUAUUGUGUAAAACUUGUUCGAGGUCCACAAGAUCAAAGAACAACUGUGGUAUAUGCAAGAAGAUACAAAAUCAUUUGGACAGUCAAAGCUGGGUGCGCUGCAAUGGCUGUAAGGUUUGGGUACAUGCAGCAUGUGCCCACAUAUCACACAAGCAUUUUAAGGAUUUUGGGCGAACAGAUUACCGUUGCCCUACUUGCAGAGCAAAAUUUAACUGUGAAUUGUCUGCUUCAGAAAAAAGAGACUCAAAACCCAAACUAGGCAAAAUCAAUGUUCGUACGGUGCUUCCUGACAAGGUUAUUGUUGUCUGCUCUGGAGUGGAAGGUGUAUACUUUCCAAGCCUUCAUUUAGUUGUAUGUAAGUGUGGGUCAUGUGGACCUGAAAGGAAAGCACUUAGUGAAUGGGAAAGACAUACCGGUUCCAAAGCAAGAAAUUGGAAGACUAGUGUGAAAGUUAAAAGCUCAAAACUAUCACUAGAAGAAUGGAUGCUGAAAUUGGCAGAGUUCCAUGCAAAUGCCACUGCAGAGAAACCUCCUAGACGUCCUUCUGCAAAGGAGAGAAAGCAAUGGUUGGUUGCUUUUCUGAGAGAGAAGUACGAGCCAGUCAACGCAAAGUGGACAACAGAGCGAUGUGCGGUAUGCAGAUGGGUUGAAGACUGGGACUAUAACAAGAUCAUUAUCUGCAACAGAUGUCAGAUAGCAGUCCAUCAAGAAUGCUAUGGAGCUAGAAAUGUUCGUGAUUUCACUUCAUGGGUCUGCAAAACGUGCGAGACACCUGAUAUUAAACGUGAAUGCUGCCUCUGUCCUGUAAAAGGAGGUGCUUUGAAGCCAACUGAUGUGGAGACACUGUGGGUUCAUGUGACAUGUGCUUGGUUUCAGCCCGAAGUAUGUUUUGCAAAUGAAGAGAAAAUGGAACCAGCUGUGGGGAUUUUGAGUAUUCUAUCAAGUAAUUUUGUGAAGAUGUGUGUAAUUUGCAAACAAAUACAUGGAUCGUGCACCCAGUGUUGCAAGUGCUCUACGUACUAUCACGCCAUGUGUGCCUCCAGGGCCGGUUAUAGGAUGGAGUUGCACUGCUUGGAGAAAAAUGGUAGACAGAUGACAAGGAUGGUGUCCUACUGUGCUUAUCACAGGGCUCCAAACACAGAUACCGUGUUAGUUAUACAAACUCCUUCAGGGGUCUUCUCUGCCAAAAGCCUUGUUCAAAACAAAAAGAGAAGUGGUUCCAGACUUAUUUCAUCAAACAGAUUAGAACUUGAAGAGUCGCCGGCAGAAGAGACCGAAAUGUGUGACCCAUUUUCGGCCGCCCGUUGUCGAGCAUUUAAAAGAAAGAUUAAUAGCAAGAAGAGGAUUGAAGAAGAAGCCAUCCCUCUUCGCGUUAGGGGACCCAGCCAUCAUCCUUCAGCAGCGAUACAAACUCUAAACACAUUCAGGCAGGUGGAGGAAGAACCCAAAUCGUUUUCGUCGUUCAGAGAAAGGCUUAGUCACCUGCAGAGUACAGAGAUGGAACGAGUAUGCUGUGGGAGAUCUGGGAUACACGGCUGGGGGCUCUUUGGGAGAAGGAAUAUCCAAGAGGGAGAGAUGGUGCUGGAAUACAGAGGGGAACAGGUGAGACGUAGCAUUGCGGACCUAAGGGAAUCACGUUACCAAAGAGAAGGAAAAGAUUGUUAUCUGUUCAAGAUCAGCGAGGAAGUAGUUGUGGACGCUACUGAGAAAGGCAACAUUGCUCGUCUGAUCAACCAUUCGUGUAUGCCCAACUGCUAUGCGAGGAUAAUGAGCGUUGGUGAUGAAGAAAGCCGUAUCGUCCUCAUUGCAAAGACCAACUUAUCUGAGGGCGACGAGCUAACGUAUGAUUACUUGUUCGAUCCUGAUGAAUUCAAGGUGCCUUGUCUGUGUCAAUCCCCCAACUGCAGGAAAUUCAUGAAUUAGAUAUAGACAUCCCCUCUCUCUCCUUUUACUCUCUCUUUUUAGCUUUUUUUACACAUUUGUCCAAGAAAGAAGAAGAAGAAGAUACUUGUUUUUUGCAGCAAGGGCUUUUAACUUGCCCCAGGUUGUCCUAAACUCAUUUGUUUUCUGGUU